ACUAGUGACAACCGUUCCACAGAAAGACGGGCACAAUCGGUCGGAGCCACUGAGGUAUAAUAAGAACCGUCGUGCUAAUGACAUACAAUUAAUAAUAGUGGUAUCUGCUGGUCGGUUGGGCUUGCCAGCUACAUAUGCGCAUAAACUGAACUAAGUGCUUGAACUAAAACAAAAUACCUUUAUUUUGAAAAGAUGUCCAGCAUAGACCCGGAAGAAGAGAUGUUUUUCACGUACCUAUUAUGAGAACACGAAUCCUGCAAACUGCUGCAAGCAUUAAUGUCUCUAUUGGCCAAGACAAUGUCUAAGUUCCGUCUAGCAGUGGUCCAGCUACAUGUGACGAAGGUCAAAGCUGACAACCUCUCCAGAGCCCGGGGGCUGAUCAAAGAAGCAGCUGCACAGGGGGCCAAAUUGGUGGUCUUACCUGAGUGCUUCAACUCCCCCUAUGGAACUGGCUUCUUCCCUGAGUAUGCAGAGAAGAUCCCUGGAGAAUCCAGUCAGGUUCUGUCUGAGGCAGCCAAGGAGAGCCAGGUGUAUCUGGUGGGAGGCUCCAUCCCUGAGGAGGAUGAUGGAGGGAAGCUGUAUAACACCUGUCCAGUGUUUGGUCCUGAUGGCAGCCUGGUGCUCAAACACAGGAAGAUCCACCUCUUUGACAUCGAUGUUCCAGGGAAGAUCCGUUUCCAGGAGUCAGAGACACUGAGCCCAGGGAGCAACCUGUCAGUGUUUGACACGCCAUACUGUAGGGUGGGUGUAGGGAUCUGCUAUGACAUAAGGUUUGCAGAGCUGGCCCAACUCUACUCUAAGAAAGGAUGCCAACUGUUGGUCUACCCUGGAGCCUUCAACAUGACCACCGGGCCGGCCCACUGGGAACUGCUGCAGAGAGGAAGAGCGGUUGAUAACCAGGUGUACGUGGCCACGGCUUCCCCUGCCAGAGAUCCCUGAGUACAGACAGCCUGGGGUCACAGCACUGUGGCCUGGGGUCACAGCACUGUUGUUAGUCCCUGGGGAGAGGUGAUAUCUAAGGCGGGGUCUGAAGAGACUGUUGUUUACGCAGACAUUGACCUGCAGUAUUUGGCCAACGUUCGUCAACAGAUCCCCAUCACAGCCCAACGCCGCAGUGACCUCUACACUGUGAACGCAGUGCAGGAGGGAUGAACUUUAACCCCUGAACCCUUAGCUAUGAGAAACUGAGGCAAUCAGGAGUUCCAGUAAACAGACCUGUCUAUUCUUGGUGAGAAAUUGAUAGCUGGAGAAUGAGUGUUGGCUACACAGCUGUUUGUGCCUACAAUACAUAAUUCCACUGUGACCUACAGUGGAGUAACAAUAGCAGCUGUGGAACCAGUAAAUGUAGUCUGAUUUUGAAGGUGCAUGUAAUAAAGCAGAAUAUCUUUGAUGGAACCAUUUUACACAAAGAGGAUGUAUGUCCUCUCUAAUUUACACAAAGAGGAUGUAUGUCCUCUCUAAUUUACACAAAGAGGAUGUAUGUCCUCUCUAAUUUACACAAAGAGGAUGUAUGUCCUCUCUAAUUUACACAAAGAGGAUGUAUGUCCUCUCUAAUUUACACAAAGAGGAUGUAUGUCCUCUCUAAUUUACACAAAGAGGAUGUAUGUCCUCUCUAAUUUACACAAAAAGGAUGAUGUCCUCUCUAAUUUACACAAAGAGGAUGUAUGUCCUCUCUAAUUUACACAAAGAGGAUGUAUGUCCUCUCUAAUUUACACAAAGAGGAUGUAUGUCCUCUCUAAUUUACACAAAGAGGAUGUAUGUCCUCUCUAAUUUACACAAAGAGGAUGUAUGUCCUCUCUAAUUUACACAGAGGAUGUAUGUCCUCUCUAAUUUACACAAAGAGGAUGUAUGUCCUCUCUAAUUUACACAAAAAGGAUGGAUGCCAUCUCUAAUUUACACAAAGAGGAUGUAUGUCCUCUCUAAUUUACACAAAAAUGUAUAUUCUUAGUAUAACAUGUCUCAUCUGUUUUCAAAUCUACAUCCAGUUCAAUUAAAUUCAUUUUUUCCAAGAAAUA